CCACAAAGACACAUUACAGUGAAUAUUUUUUAUUAUUCUUUAGUCAGUAUGCACGCACGUGUUAUUAUUGUGCUCCUUAUUACCGGGCUGAAUUUAGCAUCAAACAUUAUUGUGGCAGUUGUUUUAGCCGAUGAUAGUACGUUUAAGAAUCCCAAUUACACUCCUGGACAUGAUGUUAUGGUACAUCUAUUUGAAUGGACGUGGUCGGAUAUUGCGGUUGAGUGUGAACGUUUUCUGGGUCCUAAGGGUUAUGCCGGCGUUCAAGUUUCACCAAUUCAAGAAAAUAUAAUAAUGCCAAAUCGUCCCUGGUGGGAGCGAUAUCAGCCACUUUCUUACCACUGGGUGACACGUUCCGGAAACGAGGCUCAAUUCCGUGACAUGGUAUGGCGUUGCAACAAAGCUGGUGUUAGAAUUUACGUAGACAUAAUAAUAAAUCACAUGUCAGCUCAACGAUCCUUGAGUGAAGUUGUAAUUGGAACAGGGAAUUCAACUGCUGACUUAAAAACUAAAAAUUAUACCGCAGUACCUUAUAAUCAUAAUGAUUUCCAUACCUCUUGUACAAUUGAAAACUGGAAUGAUCCAUUCCAGGUGCGUAACUGUGAAUUAGUUGGUCUCCAUGAUCUAGAUCAAACUUUGGAGUAUGUAAGGAAAAAAAUAGUGGAUUUUAUUAAUGACAUUAUUGAUGCUGGUGUUGCUGGAAUUAGAGUUGAUGCUGCUAAACAUAUAUGGCCAGAAGAUCUUGCGAUAAUGUAUUCUCGUUUACAUAAUUUGAGUACCGAACACGAUUUUCCUGCCGGAGCACGUCCUUAUAUUUAUCAAGAAGUAAUUGAUAUGGGCAGUGAGGUAAUUUCAAAGUAUGAAUACAAUUCUUUAGGCGCAGUAACCGAAUUUAAGUAUGGGUUAGAAGUAAGUCGUGGUAUUCGCGGUGAAAAUCUUUUGAAGUGGUUCAAAAACAUUGGGAAAGAAUGGGGACUGUUAUCUGGUGAAGACGCGCUAAUUUUCAUCGACAACCAUGAUACCCAACGCAGUCAUAAUGGCGUGACUGCUGUCUUAACUCAUAAAGAAGCUCGACUCUACAAAAUGGCGGUUGCAUUCAUGCUAGCGCAUCCUUAUGGCAAUCCGCGGGUCAUGAGUUCAUUUGCGUUUGAUCAUUUUGAUCAGGGUCCACCUGCUGAUAUUAAUGGCAACAUAUUAACUCCAAUAAGUGAUAAUAACGAUAAUAGUAUUCACUGUGCUGAGGGAUGGAUUUGUGAGCAUCGAUGGUCGCAAAUAGUUAAUAUGAUUGGAUUCCGUAAUACCGUGGCUGGAACGGAAAUCUGUGAAUGGUGGGACAACUGGAAUAACCAGAUCGCUUUUUCACGUGGUAAUAGAGGAUUUAUUGCUAUUAAUGCUGAAAAAUAUGAUCUGAACAAACGUAUAAAGACUUGCCUUCCUGAGGGUAUUUAUUGUGACAUUAUUUCGGGGGAUUUUGUUGGAGAUGGUUGCACAGGAAAACGUUUGGUUGUUGAUAUUAAUGGUUUUGCUAAUGUUAGUAUUGUUAUGAGUGACCAAGAUCAUGCCGUUGCAUUUCAUAUUAAUGCGAGAAUAAAUUGAAAUGGAUUCUAAAAGAAGUAACCCUAAUUAAUUUUUUUAGUAUGUACUAUAGUACGAGUGUUAGUUUUCGUUAUUUUAUACCAAAUAUAGUUAUUAGUCGUUCAACCAUGUGUUGAAAGUGUUAUUUCGUACAAGAUAAAUUAAAUAAACUUAUCUACGAUUGAAGAUAAAACAUUCGAAGAAUUAUUGUUGGUGUCAUUAUUCCCUGGUUGAAAAUUUGAUUCACUUCAAUAGGAUUCAAUUGAAAAUUUCCAAUGAGUUAAAUCGGUUUCCAUCGGAAUAUAAAAUUUUUAUUUUUGUGCAUUUUUUUUCGAUUGAAAUCGAUUCAUUCCGAUUAAACUUAAUCGGAUGACAAUCGGAAUCAUUAACCAUUACCAUAUGAAGAAAAUGUCAACGUUGGAGUUAAUUUUUAGGCAUUCGGGCAACCCGAGCCCGUGAUUACUUCAGAGUUAAAUAAGCCAAGUAUACUUAAUAUAUAAAAAAAUAACGUAAAUUCUUGGAGAGAAAAUUAUAAAACCAGUUUCAAUGAAUUUGUUUCGGCAAGAACUAGAUUGAAUAAUUAACAAAUUUAUUGAUCUUUAAAAAAAAUUAUAUUGUACUUUAAUUAUUGUGAGUUCAUAAUAGACUCAGAUAGAUAUUGGAGUAGUGGACUGUAUUCUAUGAUUCUGGUACUGGUGAAUACUCGGUAGACUGGAUUCCUCGUGGCUGAAUGGGUGGUAACGGAGCUGACGUGCUCUGUCUCGGUCAGUGAUGAGUGAUGAUGAACUGGAAUUGAGCCUGAUAAGCAACCCGCUGACUGGUAGCUCUGGUUGGUGAUGGUUUCGCCAUGCCAGGCGAAAGAUUCUCGUAGUCGAGGAUCUCGCUAUGUCAAGCGAUAUGCAGUAGGUAGGUGAUGUACGAUGCUGGUUCUAGCUUGGAAAGGCCAAGCAACUACUGGCGUGAUCAGGCGGCCUUGGAAUUGGUUCAGUAUUUUGAGUCUUAGGCUGAAGACUCACAGUGCUCGUUCAAACUCGUACUUGCUCGUUCAGAUCUAGGAACUGCUCGUUCGCAGCGACUAGGCAGCAGCUGUUGAGAAUAAUACGGUGUUAGUGGCUUACUCAGAUAUUAGAAAGAUCGCGGCAGAUCAGCUUAGGGGUCAGGAGGUGAUGUUCGAGUUCUCGCGAGUUCACCAUGGCAGCUGACGACUCACCAGGCAAUGUCCAGGUUACGUGGGACCAGAUACUGUUUUGAUUGAGGCAAUGGUGACAGACUGAGAAUAGGUCGGCCAUCAUGAUGCGAUCGAGUAAGAGCAGGAGCUGAUGCUGUCUGCCAGACAAGAAUCCAGUAGGUAACUCUCGAAACUUCUCAUCUAGCUGAUACACCAUAACCGCUGACGGGUCACUAAGGCGGUGUCCCGGUCGCGGAGAACCAGGGACCGCUCUGGGUAAGACCUUGGUGAAAACUGGGGGCAGAUCAGCCAUUAUGAUGCGAUCGGUAAGGAGAGAAUACCCGAAAGGAUUUUUUAGAGUAGAUACGGUCCGCUAGAACCACUGACGAAUCACAAAGUGGUGCCCCGGUCGCAGGUGAACCGGGACCAGACUCAGGGUAGACCUUGUAACGAACAGUUAAAGGUCAGUCAUUAUAGCGUGAACCAGUUAGAGUGUCAGAGUAUUGACAAGAUGCGAGAUCGACUAGUAAUUGAAUCUGCGUACAUACCAAAAGCAACCCAGGUUAUGAUUUACUUAGACCUGAGUGUUAUGAUUAAGAGCUGGUUGCCUGAGACAAGUCGGACUUGAUACCAUGCUCAUACUAGAGCAGGGUUGCGUGAUGCCGCUUGUUGAUGAUCGAGAACUGUUUCUUGCUCAGGAGGCGACGUACUUGAUUUUUGAUGGUUGCUUGAAGGGAGAGAAAUCACACAAGUAUUAUCGCUGUCUUAUCGACAGCAAAUGGAUGAUCAGGAGCCAUGCUGGGCUGUUGUCAUGGUAGACACCACGUGACAGCUGAGCAGAAGUAUUGCACAAAGGCGGUUGAUAACGCCCGAUGUGAUUGCUAUUGCGAAGGUGGCUUUCUGCCGUAGAUAAUUACGGAUAAAAUGCUGUAAAACUAAAUAUUAAUUAAAACUGAACUAUUGUUGAUUUCACUGUAUUGAGUAAAGAACUAGGAGAACUGUUGCUUACUGACUUGUAUGAGGCAAGUAAUGGAAAUUAACAAUAUUGGAGACACUCGAUGUACUCGGUGUAAAAAGUCAGAGACGACUGACUAUUUUUGCCUGGGAUUUCGGGUCCUCGGUUUAUACAAAAAACUGAAAGGAGCAGCCGAGACUCUUCGAGAACGUUCUCGAAGGUUUCCUGACUCAAAUAAAUAAAAUAUAAUAUUGAGAAAUAUUCUCUUAAGGCCGCUCUGCGGAAAAUCUAUGUGGAAAAAAGCAUUAGCGGGCAACACAAGAUUCAGUAAGAGUACAGAGCAAUCGUCGAAGCCGUGUGAAUGCGGGUGUACAGCUCUAGUCCCAGCUGCAUCUGGCUUUUAUGACCUCAAGGGUCAGAGGAUCAUAAAACUAGGGACUCGGGUUGCAAGCAGCCGAGUAAAUUUGGCUAGACUUAGGCUGAAAAAAAGGUGAAAGUUUCUAUUUUCGUUAGUUGAUUUUAUUUUAAAACGUCGGUUACGAAAUAAUAUUGAAAAUUAUUUAAUAAUUAAAUAAUUAGAUAAGUCCGCUCAAAACAAGAGCCUUAUAUAUUUUAAACAGAAUUUAUGGAGAUAGAUCUGGUGCUAAUAGAGGAAUGAUUUCUAUGUAAAUAUAGUAAUUUAUCCCAAACUGUAAACAGACCUUAAGAAAAAUAUUUUACGUAAUUCAUUAAUCUUUUUUCACUACAUUUUACGAUUAUAUCAUUUUAUAAUUUAUCCUUAUUA